UAGUUUAAAGGAAGGAGAGGGGCUUGUGGAGAGGCGGACAUUUGCUUGACCUGUCAAAGGGAAGAUGAAUUGAAGGUAUAAACAAGAGGAGCUGUUGGUGUUUUGGCCUGACUGAGUGUGUUUUGUCCUCAUAGGGACGCCAGGCAAACAGGAGGAGAGGCGUGGAGAAAGUGACUAAAGCUUUGAGAAAGUGUAACGGUGACUGACGGGGAGAGUCGAUAAAUGAAAAAAUCCCAUCGCUGAUGGGAAAAGGUGGAUGAAAAGUUCAAGAGUGUGACUGACACAGGAGGAGGAGCACCACCCCAGGGGGAACCACCAGCUCAGCCUUCUUCCAGCAACAAUAGGACAGGAUGAGGUACCAAGGCAGGGAAGUGGAUGUUGAGGGGAGAGUGCGCCUGGUGAUGGAGAGUGCCCUGACUGCCCGGGACAGGGUUGGGGUGCAGGACUUUGUCCUUCUGGAAAAUUACAACAGUGAAGCAGCCUUCAUAGAAAACCUACGGCGACGCUUCAGAGAAAAUUUAGUCUAUACAUAUAUUGGCUCAGUGUUGGUGUCAGUGAAUCCUUACAAAGAGCUGGAGAUUUACUCCAAGCAGCAGAUGGAACGCUACAGAGGGGUCAGCUUCUAUGAGAUAUCACCACACAUCUAUGCAUUAUCAGACAACACUUACCGGGCCAUGCGAACUGAGAGGAAAGACCAGUGUAUUCUCAUAUCAGGGGAGAGUGGUGCAGGUAAAACUGAGGCUUCCAAGAAGAUUCUCCUCUACUACGCUGUUACCUGCCCUGCAAAUGAUCACAUGGCUGCCCUUGGUGACCGACUACUACAGUCAAACCCUGUUCUGGAGGCCUUUGGCAAUGCCAAAACGCUUAGGAAUGACAACUCCAGUCGUUUUGGGAAAUACAUGGAUGUCCAGUUUGAUUUUAGGGGGGCACCAGUCGGCGGACACAUCCUGAACUACCUUCUGGAGAAAUCUCGUGUUGUACACCAGAACCACGGUGAGAGAAACUUCCACAUCUUCUAUCAGCUUCUGGAAGGAGGAGAUGAUGAUUUGCUUCACAGAUUGGACCUGGACAGAAACCCACAGAACUACAAGUAUCUAGUCAAAGGAAACUGUCCCAGAGUAAGCUCCAUUAGUGACAAGAAUAAUUGGAAAACUGUCAUGAAAGCCCUGUCGGUUAUUGGCUUCAGUGAUGAAGAAGUGCAGAAAUUGCUGAAUAUCAUUGCCAGCGUUCUCCAUCUUGGGAACACACAUUUUGGUGAAGGGGAAGAAGGAGAAACUCAUAUCACCACUGAGACACAGAUAAGAAAUCUUGAGAAGCUGCUGGGAGUUGAUGGCUCAGCCCUCAGGGAGGCACUCACUCACAAGAAACUAACUGCCAAAGGAGAGGAGAUGAUCAGCCCACUAAAUUUUGAGCAGGCUAUGUCUGCUCGCGAUGCCUUAGCUAAGGCUAUGUAUGGCCGCACCUUCACAUGGUUGGUAGAGAAGAUCAACCAAUCACUUGCUCUCAAGGAUGAACUCUACCACAGCAGCAAAGGAUCCUCUGUUAUAGGACUUCUAGAUAUUUAUGGGUUUGAGGUCCUGCAGCACAAUAGUUUUGAGCAGUUCUGCAUCAACUACUGCAACGAGAAGCUUCAGCAGUUGUUUAUCGAGCUCACCCUCAGAUCUGAACAGGAGGAAUACGAGACAGAGGGGAUUGCAUGGGAGACCGUGAAGUACUUUGACAAUAAGAUCAUUUGUGACCUGAUAGAAGAGAAGCACAAAGGCAUCAUCUCCAUUCUGGACGAGGAGUGUCUGAGACCUGGAGAAACAUGUGACAUCUCCUUUUUAGAGAAACUGGAGGGCACACUGGGCGGUCAUCCCCAUUUUGUCACUCACAAGUUGGCCAAUGGAAAAACACGGAGGGUAAUGAGUAGGGAGGAGUUCAGAUUGCUGCAUUAUGCUGGAGAGGUUAAUUACAAUGUCAAUGGUUUCAUGGACAAGAACAAUGAUUUGCUGAACAGAAAUCUGAAAGAGGUCAUGUGUCAGUCAGACAACCAGAUCCUAAAUCAUUGCUUCCGCAGAGAGGAAGUGAUUGACCAGAAACGCCCAGAGAUGGCUGCCACUCAGUUUAAAAACAGCCUGAUGAAACUUAUGGAGAUCCUCAUGUCAAAAGAGCCAUCCUAUGUGCGCUGUAUCAAACCUAAUGAUGCCAAGCAGCCAGGUCGGUUUGAUGAAGUUCUGGUCAGACACCAGGUGAAGUACUUGGGUCUGAUGGAAAACUUACGGGUCAGGAGAGCUGGCUUUGCCUACAGACGUCGCUUUGAAGCCUUCCUGCAGAGGUAUAAGCCCCUGUGUCCAGACACAUGGCCCAACUGGCAUGGCAAACUCGCUGAUGGUGUGUCCACACUGGUCAACCACCUGGGAUACAAAGCAGAGGAGUACAAGCUGGGCAGAUCAAAAAUCUUCAUCCGAUUCCCUAAAACUCUCUUCACCACUGAGGAUGCACUAGAAGCAAAAAAGCCCGACAUUGCUUUGACUCUGCAGACAUCAUGGAGAGGCUACCGCGAGAGAUCAAAGUACCAGCGCAUCAGACGUGCAGUGAUAGUGAUCCAGUCUGGCUGGCGAGGAAUGAAAGGGCGCCGAAGAGCCAAGAAGCGCAGAGAGGCUGCUGAAUUGAUACGCAGGUUCAUAAAAGGCUUCAUCUACCGCCAUGAGGAAUACUGCCCUGAGAAUGCGUAUUUCCUGGAUCAUGUACGCUACUCCUUCCUCAUGAAGCUGAGCAAGAACCUGCCAAAGAAUGUUUUGGACAGAAACUGGCCGACACCCCCACCUUCCCUUGUUGAGGCAUCUGAGCACCUACAGAGGCUUCACUUGCAGAACAUGGUGAUGAAAUACUGCAGGAGGAUCCAACCUGAAUGGAAGAAACAGAUGAUGCAGAAAGUUGUAGCCAGUGAGAUCUUCAAGGAUCAGAAAGACAGCUACCCUCAAGGUGUCGGCAGCUGUUUGGACUCCAGACUUGAACGUGAGCAAAUCAACCUGAAAAUUGUCCAGACUCUCGGCAACGACAAAGUACAGUAUGGAGUUUCAGUCGUAAAGUAUGAUAGGAGGGGUUUCAAGCCUCGUCCUCGCCAGCUGCUUCUCACCAAUACCUAUGCUGUGUUAGUGGACAGAACCAAGAUCAAGCAAAGGAUUGACUACAAUGCCCUGAGAGGUAUCUCUGUGAGCUCUCUCAGUGAUGGGAUGUUCGUCCUGCACAUGCCCAACGAGGACAAUAAGCAAAAGGGUGACGCCGUGCUGCACUGCAACCAUGUGAUUGAGGUGGUAACAAAACUAGCCAUGAUGGCGAGCAAGAUCGACCACGUGAACAUAAAUCCGGGCAGUAUUAAGUUUGCUGUGGCUCGGGGCAAGGAGGGAAUCAUUGAUUUCGUCAGGGGCUCAGAGCUGAAGGUGGCCAAAGGCAGGGGACAUCUGCUAGUGACUGCUCCUCGAAUCAACAGCACAUGAAGAAACCAGCAACGACAAAUGGGUUUCUUUCGGAGGAACCAAGGGGACAGUAUCCUUUUAGCUAACUGGAGGAUUGCCACUCAGUUAUUGUCAUUGUUACUUGUACUGAAGAUACCAUCUCCCUUGCUGAUUUAUAUCCAUGUUCAAUGUUGCAAAUAAUUAGAGUAGAAAUCAUAAAAUGAAGGCAUCACAGCUCAAUGCUUCAUCUCUUUAUUGUCAGACAUACAUAGAUAUUUUCCACUCAAAUAUAAAAAAAUAUGUAAAACACUGUAUUUCUAUGUUGUAAGAGAAAUAAACCACUCUGAAAUAAAUAGCAUUUUAAUAAAUAUGUCAAUAAAUAGUAAAUAUAUCUUUGGAAAGUCCAGUACAAAGAGGGCUGGGGAAAAACAGGAUGUUGAGAAGGGUUGUCUCUGUUCAGCUAUAAGUGUAUUGCAAACUUACAGUUAGAGGUAAGACAGAAACUAUGGGAAACACCCAAAAAAUCCCUUAUAUAUACAGUAGAACAGCAUGUCAAAAAUGCAAACUAGCUACAAUAAGAUCCAUGUUUGAGGUUUUGCCACUGAUUAACACUUAUUAAACUGUGUGGUUAUCACAA